AUGCUCGCCUCAAUCGACGAAGACGGGCACCAAGCAGAGGAUCACUACGUUUCUCCGUUAGCGAACCUCCUGUCCUCCAUCCCACCGGCGGAAAAGAUGGAGGACAUCAAACGUCUCUUGCACCCCUCCUUUCGCAUGCGAUGCUUCGAUGUAUUGCUGUCUGCGUUUGAGACAGCAACGAAGAUCGUGGGAGUGCAAUCCGCCAUCAAAGCACUGAAGAAGCAGUUGUUCGAGAAGAAACUCCCGACUGCCGUCAACCCCAUUGUGCGAUCCAAGGUUGGCACUCAGUUCACCUCCUUAUACCCCACGGAAUUAAAGGAGAAGGCGGCUCGGGAUAUGGCCGCUAUCCAACAAGAGUGCGCCCUCAGACUGCAUCAAACCAUCAUCGAGCAGAAAGAGGCAGAGCUCGAAUACCUACAAGUCCUAAACUCCUUGGGAAAUCUGGACGAACUGCUGCGUGCGGCAGUUAAAAAAGAUUUCCUAAGUGCCAAGCUCCAACACGGGUCGCGCCCGGACAGGAGGACGUCAACAUAA